UUUCUUGGAUUUCACUCUGUGCGUAGAGUGUAUUCAGAUUGUGUGUGAUUUUAGGUGAGAAAAUUGUGUAUAUGAGGAGUGUUCAUGGAAGUUACUGAGACGUGUGAAUUUGGUGAAAAUUGUAUUCUUAUGUAUAUGAAAUAAAUUGGAAUGAAGGGUGAGUGUAUAUUUGGUGUUGUUGGAAUAAUGAAAAAAAAAUGGGAGGGGGGAUCUUCUUGUUGUUCACUGGAAAAGGAAAAUGGGUAGAGGUCUAUGAGUUUGUUGUUGUUGCCGUGUUGUAUAGAGGUCUAUGAGUGUGUUGAUGUAGCCGUGUUGUUGUUGUUAUGUUUUUGUGGAAUUGUAAAAUGGAAUAUGGUUCUUGUUGGUGUUUUACCGGUGAAAUUUUUUCCCCAAAAAUCAUGUGUGCCGCCUAUAUUUUUUGUAUUGUGUGUCUUUGGUGGUGGUGUAUUCCCUUUUGAAAUUAUGGAAGAUCAGUCUCAAGGUCUAAGUAUGGUGUCCUCUCAUAGGAAUGGUAGAACAGGGGGUCCAAUCUUAUUUUUGCCCUUUGAUUUGAGUAAUGGUUUGGGCGAAUUUUAAACGGGAUGGAUUAAUGGGUAUUAUAUUGUGUGAUUUACCAUGGUGGAUGCUGAUGUGGACCGGCCAUAUGGGAAUUUCUUUUCACAUGGCAUGAUUGGUGGCACUACAUUAAAGUGUUGGUAUUUGUGAGAAAAAAUAAAAUAAAUGGAGGACUAGUUUUGAGCCAAAAGACAAUUGGAGGUUAUUACGGUUGGUACAUCUUCAGAAGCAAUGGCAAUGUUCUUCAAAGAAAAGAAAAAAAUUGACGUGAUUAUAAUCAGUGUCCAUUCACCGAACCUGGAUUCUUUUAAACUCUUAGCUCAAGCUAUGGCUUUGGAUAUAGUUUCACUAUUUGUAUGUGAUGAUUACAACGAACUCUUAGCAAAGAAGGCUUUGAAAGAAGGAGCACACCUUUUUUUAAAAAGGCCACUAAAUGAAGAAAUUGUGAAAUACUUGUGGCAAUUUGUAUUGACGGAAAAAAUAGAAAGAGAGAAAGCAAGAAAAGGAUCAGAAGAUGGAGAUAAGAUGAUUGUUGAUGAUGUUGGUAAGAACAAUAGUGAUGGAGUUAAUGAAGAAUUAUAUGGAGAAACAAAUAAUGUGCCUAAUACAAAGGAACAUAGAAAUAAUAUUCAUCAAGUCAAAAACAACAUUGUAUCGAAUGGAAAAUACAAGCAGAGGAGGAAGAACAGUAGAAAAGAUAUAAAAGAGAAUAACAUUAUUAAGCAAAAGGACUGUUUAGAGUGGACUGCAGAUCUUCAUGCGAAAUUCACAGAAAGUUUGCAACAACUUGGUGAAGGAAGAUGUUUUCCGAAGGACAUAGUGGAGAUUAUGAAUGUGCCUAGUCUUACCAGGAUGCAGGUAGCCAGUCAUCUACAGAAAUGUCGUGUCAACAAUUGGAGAUCCCCAGAAGAGCGCAAAUGUAGUCGUCGUCCAUCAGGACAAGGAUCUUUAAGUGGUUCUCAACAAAAACGUAGCAUUAGAAAAUUUGGGACAAUGCCUCGUCUUCAAAAUAAUAUUCCUAAUCAAAUUAAAAGAGGACCAGAGUUUCCAUUUCCAACUCCCAAUACGAACAAUAAUUUUUCUACAGGGGAGAAUUCAAUUCAAGAUAAACUCUAUCCUCUACAAUUUCAGGUUCGACCCCGCUACCUCAACAUUGACAAUUCAUUCAAUAGCCCAUUUUUAUUGGCACAAAAUAAUGUUGGUGGUGUGCUUCAACAACAACAACACAGACCAUUAUUUGGAAUGUUUGGUUCACAAAGACUACAAGGCCCAAUUAUUGGAAACACUAGUUAUAGGUCUGGCUCGGCAUUUAAGAAUUGGAAUCGUCCUAAUCAAAGUGAGUACAACUUGAAACUAAAUGUGGAUCACAAAACAACAUAUUUGGGUAGCAAAAUAAUGUCUGGUACGGGUGUUGGAAAUACGACAAUUAAUGGCUACAACUUGAAUGUCAAUGCGAACAAUGUAAACACAUACCCAGGCAGCACAACGAUAUCUGGUAUUGAUGUUGGAAAUGCGACUAGAAAUGGACUUGGAACAAUAAAUUCUAGUUUUCAGCAAUAUAUUGAUGAACCAAACAUGUCUUUUCCAAGCAAUAUUAUCGCGACAACAUAUAAGAGUGAUAUAGAAGGAAGUGAUUCAAAUGAGAAGGAAGAUUGUGAUGCGUAUUUCAAUUUCAAUAGUAUGAGUUAUCUGUUCCAAAAUCUUGGACCUCCAGGUGCUAACAUACCCAAUGCAUAUGACAGUGAGUUUGAUCAAGUUUAUUCUGAUGAUCAGGUGGUAGCGUCUCCAGGUGUUAAGAUUCCAAGAAUAACAAAUUAUUCUGAUGAAUCGUCAAUAUGAUGAUCCAAUGUUAUCGAGAAUAUAAGUGACAACUCUCAUAAGGGCUGUUUGAAGUUACGAAGUUGUUUUCUCAUGUGGAAAUUACAUUUUUUUUGUUGAGACUAUUUUGUUUCAUAUGACUUGGGUUGUUGCAACUAAUGGUAUUUUGUUUUGUCUUUCAAUGUGAAACUAAUUAUCAGCAUUAAA